AUGAAUGGAAAUCACGAAACUGGCAAGACAUCAGCUGAUGUUAGUGCUGUACAUGCUUAUUUAAGAACUGUCAAUUUCAUUCCUGAUUUUACACCAGUGACAAGAAAUGUGAAAGGAUUAAGCUUUGUCCAAUGCAGAUUGAUUAUGUUGAGGAAACAAGACCUGCAGCCUUAUAACAAACUCGAGUAUUUGUGGCUCAAUGAAAAUUAUUUGAAGCAUCUUGAUGGAGAUGCUUUCAUGUAUAAUCAAAAUAUCAAAGUAAUCAAUUUACAAAGCAACAAAUUGACUAAAAUUGAUCGAAAUAUUUUCAAAAACUUGAUAUCUUUAGAAGUUCUCAUUCUUAAUAAAAAUGAAUGUCUGAAAAACGUGACAGAAUCGAAAUUACAUAUGGCUGACUGGAUGGACAAGAUCAAUGAAUUUUGUCAAAAUUAUCCUGAAGUUAUUGUUGCUCGACCACGUGAGGAGUACAAAAGAAAUGUGCGAGAAAAAACGAGCAUUUGGGUGACAUUUGGAGUCACUUUUGCUUCAUUUAGUGUUGUUGUUAUCGUGAUUGUCAUUUUGUAUAAUAUCAAGAGAUUUAUUUCGCUUUAA